AUGUUUACGUCAACACGACGACUCCUCCAGAAGGCUCAGACGUGCCGAAUCACGCUCUUCACUCGCGAUGAGUGCGGCUUGUGCUUGCGAGCCAAAUCGGCCCUCUCCAAUGUCUGGGACAGGAGGCCCUUUGCCUUUACGGAGGUCAAAGUCACCGCGCCGGAUGCGAAGAAGUGGAGGGAUCUGUAUGAUUUCGAUGUCCCUGUGAUCCACAUCAGCAAAGCUGACGCCCCUGAGGAGGACCCCAAACUUGUGGGCAAGGCCGUCAAGCUCAUGCACCGCUUCGACCCAGACCAGAUCGAGGCCAAGAUGGAUCAGGUUGAGGGCAAGAACUGA